GUGCCCAUAAACCCUAGCUUCUUCCUCUUCUCUUUUCCUCAGCCGCACAGCUUAAUUUUUUAUUCUUUUCCUGUGCUUUUCUUUUGAUCGGCCACCACCACUUCUUCUUCAAAAGCCAAUAGCGGUGUCCUUAUCGGCAUCGUGUCGAAACUGGUGUGGCCGCCGUUCAGGCGAGUACGAGCAUCAUAGAAUUAUAGUCGAAGUCAAGAUAGCUGAAAAGUGAAAAAAUGAACAAGAAGGAGAUAUUAAAGUUGGCCAAGGGAUUCAGGGGAAGGGCAAAGAACUGUAUACGGAUAGCAAGAGAACGGGUUGAGAAGGCCUUGCAGUAUUCCUAUAGAGAUCGCAGAAACAAGAAGCGUGACAUGCGUUCUUUAUGGAUUCAACGCAUCAAUGCUGGCACUCGUCAACAUGGGGUAAACUAUGGUAACUUCAUGCAUGGACUGAUGAAAGAGAACAUACAAUUGAACAGGAAAGUACUGUCUGAAAUAUCUAUGCAUGAACCAUACAGUUUUAAGGCUCUCGUAGACAUUUCCCGGAAUGCCUUCCCUGGAAAUAAAAAUGUUGUGCUCCCUACAAGAAAAGCAGAUAUUUCAAUCAAUGUAUAAUUACUUGUGUUUGGUGUCUUUAGUAAUGACUCUUUCUUUAACACUUAAUGUCAACUGAACAUUUUGGGAAAUAAGAGAGGAUUAUUGCUUUUCCUGA